UGUGAUUGCCCGCACUCAGGCUGAUAAACAGCUGCUUGCCGUCUACGGCACGUCACUAAGCUUUCCCCAAAGUUACCCCCUCGAAUCGGGAUUUUAGUGUACAGCUCUCUCGGUGUAUCUGUGGAUGUUCAGUUCUAGAAAGUCUGCACCGCUGGAAGUUCAAGUCUGGAUUUGCCUAAUGCUGAGGCGUCCUCUGCUCAACAUCUGGAUUAACUAUUUGGAGUCAGAACUAGCGGCCGUGCACAAAAGCUUGCCUCUCUAGUCUGCUUUUAUGGAAAAACUGUCGUUUUAUUUGGAUUUUAACUCCCUUUGAUAACCUGCGUUUUGCGCAUAGAUUAUGUAUUCUUUAAAAUGGGUGCGAACAAUGGAAAACAGUAUGGAAGCGAGGGUAAAGGGAGCUCAAGCAUCUCUUCUGACAUAAGUUCGAGCACAGAUCACACACCAACUAAAGCUCCAAAGAAUGUGGCUACCACCGAAGGUUUAGACUCCAGCACAAGGGCUCUGAGCACCCCAAGCCCUGGUCUGAUCCAGCCAUCCAAGUCUUCCUCUCUCUCCUCACCUGCCCUCUCUAGCAACGGCCAUGAGACCAACUCUUCGUCUUCCUCCUCUGCCCCUGCUGAGACAGUUGCUGUGGUUCACCCUCAGCCCAGCACUCACACUCGCUCCCGCCAAUCAAAAACCUACCACCAUGCCCCUAUUGACCUUCUCCCUGACCACACCCUUCUGCAGAUUUUCUCUCAUCUCCCCACCAAUCAGCUGUGCCGCUGUGCACGUGUAUGCCGCCGCUGGUACAACCUGGCGUGGGACCCAAGGCUGUGGAGCACCAUCCAGCUAACGGGAGAGUUGCUGCAUGCUGACCGUGCUAUCAAGGUCCUGACUCACCGCCUGUGCCAAGACACCCCGAAUGUGUGUCUGACCCUAGAGACAGUGGUGGUCAAUGGCUGCAAGAGGCUCACUGACCGGGGACUGCAUGUAGUGGCUCAGUGCUGCCCGGAGCUGCGUCGCCUGGAGGUCGCUGGCUGUUAUAACAUCUCUAAUGAGGCUGUGUUUGAGGUGGUGUCCCGCUGCCCCAGCCUGGAACACCUGAACCUCUCAGGCUGUUCCAAGGUGACAUGUAUCAGCCUUACCCCAGAGGCCUCACUCCAGCUGGCCCCUCUGCAUGGCCAGCAGAUCUCCAUUCACUACCUGGACAUGACUGACUGCUAUUCCCUUGAGGACGAGGGAUUGCGAACUAUCGCCUCCCACUGCCCCCGCCUGACACAUCUGUAUUUGCGCCGCUGCACCAGACUGACAGAUGAAGCCUUGCGUCACUUGGCUCACCACUGCCCCUCGAUAAGAGAGCUUAGUCUCAGUGACUGCCGCUUGGUAGGGGAUUUUGGCCUGCGUGAAGUCGCCAGACUGGAGGGCUGCCUGCGCUAUCUGAGUGUAGCUCACUGCACUCGCAUUACAGAUGUGGGCAUGCGCUAUGUGGCUCGCUACUGCCCAAGACUGCGCUACUUGAAUGCCAGGGGUUGCGAGGGACUGACAGAUCAUGGUCUGGGCCACUUGGCUAGGAGCUGCCCCAAACUCAAAUCUCUGGAUGUGGGUAAAUGCCCACUGGUGUCAGACAGUGGGCUGGAGCAGCUGGCUAUGUACUGCCAAGGCCUGAGGCGAGUGAGUCUUAGAGCCUGCGAGAGUGUAACAGGUAGAGGACUCAAAGCUCUGGCAGCCAACUGCUGUGAGCUGCAGCUUCUCAACGUGCAGGACUGUGAGGUGUCUCCAGACGCUUUGCGGUUUGUGAGACGCCACUGCCGGCGCUGCGUCAUUGAGCAUACAAACCCUGCUUUCUACUGAGGCAGGGAGCUCUUGGACUGGUCCUCUGACAAGUGGAUGUUCUAAUAUUCCUGCUAUGGUGUUGGCAGAGUUCAGUGGCUGAUGUGAGUAACUGGUUGAAAACUGGUGUGCAAUACUGGCCAGAAUUUGUUUUUUUAAAUGUUCUUAGUGGCCGCUAAUGCUGCCCUUUGAAAAUACUUCAAUAGAAUGUACUGUAUUUAACAUAUUUAUCUGUAAAAAAAAACAAAAAACAGAGAAGCAUUUGAGUGUGCAACUUUUUUCAGCAUCAAAAUUUCCAGUGGAAGAACAUGCUACAACACUGAGCACUGUUUAAAAGCCUUACAAAGUAUUUUAAAGGUCAUCCUCACCAUAAGGCCCUGAGUCAUAAUCAUUAUCAUACAUUACUACAUCCAUUUGAACCCUUAAGAAUAUAGCCACAAAACAGCAAACAAAGCAGGACUGGUGAUUUACAAUAUACUCAGUUUCACUUUCUUUAUGUUGUGUGCAUAUGUACUUCAUGCAAUUGUACUGACAAUCACUUCAACUGAGCUCAAAGUGCCAUAUUGUACAUUUUGUCAGUAAUAUUUCUGCUAAUUAAAGGUGACUAUUAGCCAUGCCAAAUAGAAACAAACUGUUAUGGGAUCAUUUUGACAAUAAAC